GCUUUAGGAGUCCUCACUCAGCGUCUAGGAUCCUGGAAAAGACCUGUUGGAUAUUUCUCCAAACGGCUAGACGCAGUAAGUGGGGGAUGGCCAGGGUGUCUCAGAGCUGUGGCAGCAACGGUUAUUUUAAUACAAGAAGCACGAAAAUUGACUCUGGGAAAACACAUGGUAGUGUACGUACCCCACAUGGUCAUAGCAGUUUUGGAACAAAAAGGGGGGCAUUGGCUUUCAUCUAGCCGUAUGUUACAGUAUCAAGCUUUGUUGAGAGAACAAGAUGAUGUUGAACUGAAAAUCACUAACCAUCUCAACCCAGCAGAAUUCCUUAGGUCUACACAGGAAGAAGGUAUUCUGGAGCAUGACUGUGUAGAGACCAUUGAACAAGUCUACGCGAGCAGAAGAGACUUGAAGGACGAGCCAUUGGCAGAUCCUGACUGGGAAUUGUUCACUGAUGGAUCUAGCUUUGUGGAGAACGGCACCAGGUAUGCUGGGUAUGCAGUGGUCACUGAACAAGAAGUGAUAGAAGCAAAUGCACUACCCCCAGGUACGUCUGCACAAAAGGCCGAAAUAUGGGCAUUGGUGAGAGCUUUAAUAUUAAGCCAAGGAAAGAGAGUUAACAUAUGGACUGACUCCAAAUAUGCUUUUGGGGUAGUUCAUGUUCACGGAGCACUCUGGAAAGAGAGAGGACUUCUUACUUCUCAAGGGACAACGAUUAAACAUCGGGAAGAAAUUUUACAAUUGCUAGAGGCAAUACACAAGCCCUCAACAGUGGCAAUAAUGCAUGUUAAAGGACAUCAGAGAGAUCCCGGACGAGAAUUUCGAGGUAAUCGACAGGCUGACCAAGCGGCUAAGCAGGCCGCAAGAGAAGUAUGGACUCAGAUGGUUCUUUUGCCUGUUCGAAAUAAUCCAGCAAUACCAUAUAUGGAAGAAAAACCACAUUAUUCACAGGAAGAUGAAAAAUUAGCUCAAAUGACAAAUGCAAAGAAAAAUGUUAAAGGGUGGUACAUUUCCCCCAUAGGACAAGUGAUUCUACCUGUCAGAAUAAUGAAAGCAGUGCUUGAAACAGAACACAAUAAGUGCCACUGGGGUGCAGAAGCAUUGGUAAAAUUUUUGAAAAAUGAGGUUCUCUCAAACCAGAUGUUAACAUUGGCAAAAAGGGUAAAUGCAAUGUGUCCUAUGUGCAUAAAGAAUAACCCA